AUGAUCCAUGCGCAGUGCGAUCGCGUUCGUCUGACACAGGGCGCCGGUGAACCCAUCCGCAUCGUGGUUCCACGGGACAACGUCCUGGAUGGUGUCUGCUCCACGCUCAACCUGCAGGAUGCACAGGCCCGCAUCGACGCGCCCCUGGAGAUCGAAUUCCGCGCGGGAUACUCCGACGACACAGGAAAUGAGCUGGUGGAAGAUGGUGAAGACCAGGGAGGGCCCAGGAGGCAAUGGAUGGACAGAGCCUGCCGCUACUUCAUUGCCUCGGACCUAUUCAUGUCCCCUUCUGAGGAUGCCGCUCACCUUGAGAUGAGCAACGACUGGCACCGCGGUCCCCUGUCUCGGGGAAGGAUCGUCGUGCCCUCGCCGGACAACGUGUGCCAGUGUGUACAGGAAGACUGGACCGAGCAGUUCGAGCUCUUCGGUUGCGUCAUCGGCUUUGCGAUCCUCCACAAGGAGACGAUACCGGUGCACUUUGGGCACAACUUCCUACGGUCGGUAUUUGGAUUGAAGACGGAUACCGACGACCUCCUGCCUCUUGUGGAGCAGGUGGACAAGACCUUGCAUACCAAGUUGACCUACAUCCUCAGCGGCUCCUACCGGGAUUUGGGAGACUCCUUGCAGGACGUCCUUGAGCAGUCUCACCUGCCGCAGACCUUCGUGGUUUCGGAGUCCCACUGCCAAGAGCUUGUACAGAGCACUCCGCUCAUCAAGGACGGCGAGUCCAUCAAAGUCACGGAGAGCAACAAGGAGCAGUUUGUGCACCUGCUCUUGGAUAGAAUCCUAGUCAGUGGUGUGGCGAAGCAGGUGCAGUUCUUCCAGCGCGGCCUCUUGCGGGUCGUGCCCAGGGAGCUGGUCCUUGGCAGGAAAUGCUCAUCCCAGGAGGAUGCCAGCACGGUGAAAGAGAUAGAGCUGAUGCUCUGUGGUGCCGACGGCAUUGAUGUCGACGACUGGGAGAAGCACACUGA